AUGGGUGUCGACAUGCUCCUAAUGCGCGACGUGGAGGAAACUUUUCCGAAUAAACAUCAGUCCGUGGACUUGGAUAUACGUACUAUCUAUAAGCAGCAACCGCAGGACGAGGACAACUGCAUUAACUUCGUGACACGAGCACCGCCGUCUUUCAACAAGUGGCUUGCUGAAACUCUCGUAAAGGAGGACGCUGCCUGCAAGAUUCAGUUUUUCCUGCGAUAUCGCCUUAAUCUACAACAAUCUAGCAACGAUUCAAUUGCGUGCACAGCGUCUACAGCGUCAUCUAUGGGCAUGCUACCGGUACCGGAGGAGUUGGACGAAGAUCAUUGGCAGUAUGAAGUUUUGCUUUGGUACGGCUCUUCUCUUGGCUCGGUGAGUUUUGCAUCGUGUAUAAAUACGGGCUACCCUUGUGUGGAAGUAGCCGAGUGCAACGUCUCGCUGCCUGGGAUAUGGAACCUCCGUAGAGGUGAUUAUAUCAUAUCUAUAAACGAACGCAGCACCAAAUGCAGUGUUGUACCAUUCGAUGCAGUCAUACAGAUCUUAGAUAGCGGCGUGAGGCCGGCCGUGCUUCGGUUUCGACGACCGGCGUCACAUGAGCUGCAGAGUCUCACGGCGAAACCGCGACGGUUGUCUACGUCGACGCGUAUAGAAAUGGAGGAGGCUCGACAGCGACUGGAGCGAUCUCUGACCUACGUAAUAUGGCGAGAAGAAGACGGCCCGCUUGGGAUCAGCUUGAAGCCUGAAAAUGGAAAGUCUUAUCCUGUGGUAACGGCCAUGAACAAGUCCGGCGUGGUGGGUCGCGGUAGAAAGUAUAGCAGAGUGAGCGUGGGAGAUCAAUUGCUGACAAUCAACCAUUUUGACGUAUUCCGCUUGGGCUUUACAAAGAUGUGUCAGGUCAUGCAAUUUGCUCCCAAACCUCUCGUGCUCACGUUUCGUCGCACAUGA